AUGCGAGUCCUCCGGCAAAUCCAUUCUCAUCUUCUCACUCACCCACUCCCCAUCUCCUCUCUCUCCUUCGCUCUCUCCAAACUUGUCGGCUUUGCUGCUCUUUCUCCCCACGGCGAUAUCAACUACGCCAAGAAGGUCUUCUAUCAAAUCGCAGACCCAAACAUCUUCUCUUAUAAUUCCCUCAUCAGAGGUCUUUCCCAACUACAAACCCCAUCACCAGAACCCAUUUUCAUCUUCAAAAAACUUGUCAAAAGAAAUUACCCAAAAUCAAACACUUUCACUUUAGCCUUUGUUCUUAAAGCUUGCUCAAUUUUAAUGGCCGCUGAAGAAGGCCAACAAGUCCAUUCACGUGUAAUACGAACUGGGUUUGACUCAAGUCCUUUUGUUCAAACCUCAUUGGUUAAUUUUUAUGGAAAAUGUGAAGACAUAAAAUUAGCUAGAAAGUUGUUUGAUGAAAUUCCUGAGAGAAAUGUAGUUGCUUGGAGUUCAAUGAUCAGUGGGUAUUCUAGAAUUGGGAUGGUCAAUGAGGCAUUCGGUUUGUUUAGGGAAAUGCAAAAGGCGGGUGUUGACCCGGAUGAGGUGACAAUGGUUAGUGUGAUAUCAGCUUGUGCUAUGUCUGGCGCAUUGGAUGUUGGGAGGUGGGUACAUGCUUAUAUAGAGAAGAAGUUUAUUGAAAAUGAUCUUGAGGUUAGUACUGCGCUUGUUAAUAUGUAUGCAAAGUGCGGGCGUAUAGAAAAGGCUAGAGAGAUUUUUGAGGCAAUGACGGUCAAAGAUACCAAAGCUUGGAGCUCGAUGAUGGUUGGGUUCGCGAUUCAUGGGCUUGUGGAUGAUGCAUUGAUGGCCUUUGCUAGGAUGGAGGAAGCUCAGGUGAAGCCUAACCAUGUGGCAUUCAUUGGUGUUCUAUCCGCAUGUGCGCAUAGUGGACUAGUGUCUGAGGGCCGAAAAUACUGGUCAAGCAUGCUUGAUUCUGGAUUUGAACCAUCUAUGGAGCAUUAUGGCUGCAUGGUUGAUCUAUUUUGCCGAGCAGAUCUAAUUGAAGAGGCUUACACAUUUGUUGAAACCAUGCCUAUAUCCCCAAAUCCAGCAAUCUGGAGAACCUUACUCGUGGGGUGCAAGAAAAACAAGAUUUUGGACAAAGGUGAGAUUGUUGGUGAGCGGCUUCUUAAAUUAGAGCCGCUCAAUGCAGAAAACUAUAGCAUUCUAGCCAGUUUGUAUGCCUCAGUUUCAGAAUGGGUGAAAAUGAGCAUCGUAAGAAAGCAGAUGAAGGAUAAAGGCAUUAAGGCUGUACCUGGUUGCAGCGCCAUCGAAGUUGAUGGUUUUGUGCACGAGUUCGUAAUGGGUGAUUGGUCUCACCCGGAAUCAAAGGAUAUAAGAGAAGUUCUAAGGGACGUCUCUCGUAGGGUCCGUGAUGCUGGGCACGAGCCAUUUAUUUCUGCGGUAUUGCACAAUGUCGGUGAUGAAGAGAAGGAGAAUGCUCUUUGUGAGCACAGUGAAAGACUGGCUAUUGCUUUUGGCCUGUUGAAAACUAAAGCACCUGUGGUGAUUAGGGUGGUAAAAAACCUUAGGGUUUGUGGGGAUUGUCAUGAAGUGACAAAGAUUAUCAGUAAAUUGUAUGAGAGAGAGAUCAUUGUUAGGGACCGGGUUCGGUUCCACAAAUUCGUCAAUGGAGCUUGUUCUUGUAGGGAAUUUUGGUGAAUCCCCAAUUGCCCAUCUUGUGAGUGUUGUGCAUGUUGAGGAUGACUGGCCAUAAAAAAUGUCAGUUUGACUUCAAUACCUCCAGAACCUUGAGGUAC